AUGUUGCUGACCUCCCUUCUCACUCUCGCUGCUUUCCACCAGCCUGUUCGCUCCUGUGACGACCAUGAUUGGACUUCUCCCGUCCUCGGCGGGUAUGUCGACCAUGACCUGAUGAGACGACAUGACCUGGCCAAACGAAUCCAACCCGCUGCUCUUCCAACUCCUCCUCAGCCAAUCCGAGACUUGCACUGGGGUCAGAUCAAUUUUCUUCACACCACAGACACUCACGGCUGGUUGGCGGGUCAUUUGCUGGAUGAGAACUACAGCGCCGACUAUGGCGACUUUGCGGAUUUUGUGCAGAAGAUGAAAGCAAAGGCGGACGUCCUGGGAGUGGACCUGCUGCUGAUUGACUCGGGUGAUCUGCACGAUGGAACGGGCUUUGGCGACGCCACCACCCCCAACGGGAAACUCACACUGCCCAUAUUCCGAAAAUUGCCCUACGAUCUCUUAUCCGUCGGGAAUCACGAACUCUACACCACCGAAAUUGCCAACGACACCUACCGCAACUUUGCUCCUCACUGGGGCGGUCGCUACAUCACCUCCAAUGUGGAGUUCAAUGACACCGGAAAGCUCCGACCCUUUUCCGACCGAUAUGCGUACUGGAAGACCAAAUUCGGCAUCAGAAUCAUGUCAUUUGCCUUCAUCUUCAAUUUCACCGGUAACAGCAAUGCCACCGUCGUUACCCCGGUGGGGGAUGCGGUUAGACAACCUUGGUUUCAGCAGCAAGUCAAGCGAACCGAUAUCGACAUGUUCCUGGUGGCGGGACACAUCACUCUUCGCAACUCCACCGAAUGGAACUUAAUUUACGGUGCCAUUCGACAACAUCAUCCCACAACCCCAAUUCAAAUUUUCGGAGGCCACCGCCACGUCCGUGAUGCGGUGGUUUUUGAUUCGAACGCCGUGGGAAUCGCGUCAGGAAGAUAUUGUGAAACGGUGGGAUGGGUGUCGAUUAAUGGCCUGCCCCAAACUGUCACCCAAGCCCAAUCGCCUCAAGGCCGCGGGACCCCAAUCUCUCAAUCUCCUUCUCCGAUCCCCGGUGUCACCCCCAAUCGUCAAUCGCACUUGACUUAUUCUCGACAAUAUCUCGAUUUCAGCCGAUACAGUUUUGAAUUCCACACGUCGACUACCGAGAAAACAUUCAAUACCAGCCUCGGGGAAUCCAUCAGCAACAACAUCACCAAGUCUAUCGAUUCGAUUCCCGAGUUGACCGAGAAACUCGGCUGCUGCCCCAAUAACUAUUAUCUCACCCGGGUCCCGAUCAGUUCCAAUCAAAGUCUGUUCCACUACCUGACCACCGAAGUAUUCCCCAAAGUCGUAGUCGACCCACGACGCACCAACAUGUCCAGAAUCAUCCUGACCAACACUGGCGGUUUCCGCUACGAUCUGCUGGAAGGUCCCUUCACCAUCGACAACGCCUACCAGACCAACCCGUAUCAAAACUACUGGCUACGAAUGACAGCGCCAUGGUCCUCGGCCAAAAAUUUGCUUCGGAACAUGCAGACGGACAAAGUCUACAAGCGAGCCGUGAAUGAUACGACCCUCGUGAAAACGCUCGGAUAUGUGACCGAAGACGACUUGGGUUCCGACGGGGAUAAUAUCGUGCACAUCGACCAGGGAUACGCCGACACGCCUCACUACGUCCAAGCCAAUGUGUCCGUGUCGGAUAUCUCAGACAGCACUUUGGUGGAUGUCUACGCGACGAGUUUCUUCACCGAUGCCGCGGCCCAGUAUUUGGCCGGCAACACCUCGGACUGGGUUCACGCGGAUGGAAAUUUCAGCUCCUUUGACACCCUACCGCGCAUGGCCCAGUUAUAUUGGAGUCAGGAUUGUUAG